AUGGUGAAAUCUUUGUUCAACAUCUGUUUGUCAGCUGUAUGUCAGCAUCAACUCAACGAUCAUCUGGCUUUGAUACCAAUCGAAUGUAAACAGAAACUUCUUGAAUUCUUCACUAAUCAUGAUCAGUUGGCCGCGUUGGAUUGCGAUCGUCUAGUGUCGUCGCCAACGUUUGCCGACAACCUCACCGAGCUCAAAUUCUAUCUGAGCGAAGAUCUCUCCGAUUCGAUGUUAGCCGCUUUGACCGCCAACAACAAACGCCUCGAACGGAUCACUCUCGUAGAAUGUCCACGCGUUACUGAUAAGGGUGUACGAACGGUGACCUCCGGUCAAAAGAACCUGCUGCAGCUCGAACUCCGGGCAAUGUAUCAGCUGACUGACGCUGGUCUCACAGAUGUCAAAUGCCCUUUCUUGCAUACGG